AGCCCAGGUGCUCCAACUAGCCAAGAGGCAGAACUGGCCGUCCCAUCGAGGAUGCUGCUCACCUGGACUUGGGUGCUGGCCUUUGGGCUGAUGGCCACGCACGGAGGGGCCGAGACCUGCACUCAAGCAUAUGGAGGUCCUAACUUGGCCCGUGGUCGGCCAACCUCACAAUCCUCCACAUACUCAUCCGAUGGACAGUCAAGCAAUGCUGUGGAUGGGAACUGUGAUGGGAUUUUUGGUUCCCGUUCCUGCACUCACACAAAUGGUGAGCUCAAUGCCUGGUGGUCGGUGGACCUGGGCCGAGAAUAUGCCAUCUCCCUUGUGGUGGUGAAAAACCGGCAGGACUGCUGUGGAAAGAGACUCCAGGGGGCCACAAUCCAUGUGGGACACCGCAUGGGUGACUUCAGCCAAGAAAGCUUCAUCUGUGGGGCCAUCACAGACCUCCGGGAAGGAUCUCUGACCACCAUCCACUGCAAUGGAGCCCUGGGCCGCUUCGUGACCAUCGUCAUCCCUAACCGGGUAGAAUACUUGUCUCUAGCUGAGGUGGAGGUCUAUGGCACCAACGCACUGUCCCAUUGUUAGAGAUCAUGGCAUCUCUCUGUGUGUGGAAUCCAGACUUCUGAGUGGUUCUGCUGGCAUCUGGUGCCCUCUCACUUGCUUAACCCCAAGGGAGACCCUCUCAUGUAACAGCCACGGGUGCCAACAGUAGCCACGAGUCCUCAUGAAGAUUUGGCCUGCUGACUUUGAAAUCUGUUUCAAUCUUAAUUUUGUCUGAUUUAUGUGUUACGUUAUAUCUGAACACCCCACUUAAUCAGAACUCUUUAUUAUUAAGGCAUAUUCUUUCCUCAAUGAUGUGUCUCCUUGAAUUGCUUGUUUUGGGCUUUGGGAUCACUGUAAUUGACUUAUUUCAUUAGUAAAAGCAUUUAGAAAUGGCUGUAGUGAUCUCCCUGACU